AUGAAAAAACCAUCUCUUCAAAAUGAAAUGAAUGAUCGGUACUCACUUCAUUCUACUUUACUUUAUGUUUCAACAACAACAAUGACAAAAUACGGUGAGAGUGAUUAUUGGGAUAAAAGAUAUAGCAAAAAUACAAAUCCAUACGAUUGGUAUCAAGACUAUGAUGAUAUUUCUAAAAUUGUGAUUGAUCAAAUGUCAACAAGAUACAAAGAUUAUGUUGGAUUGGAAUAUAAAGUUGAAAGUGCUAUUGAAACUUCAUUUAAAGAUAAUCAUUUUAAUGUUAUCAUUGAUAAAGGUACUUUUGAUUCAAUCAUGUGCGGAGAUGAUUCACAUGAAAAUGGGAUUAGAUUCUGUGAAGAGAUGUUUAGAAUAUUAGAACCAGCAGGAAAGUUUUUAAUCAUAACCUAUGGGGUUCCAGACGAUAGAUUAUUCUACCUAGAACAAGAAUAUACAGAUUGGACUAUAAAUGUUAAAAAAAUACCAAAUGGCGGAGGUUUUCACUAUGUUUAUAUUAUGACUAAAAAUAAUAAAGAUAGCGCUAAAAGCGAUGAUGAUGAAUAG